GGGAGAGAGUGUAUUUUUUCCAUCACUGCAGCAUCACGGCAGAAGGUGUGAACCACCCAUUGGGCCAGAGAAGUACGGAGAACGAGAGAGAGACAGAGAGAGAGACUGAGGGAGAGAGAGAUAGACAGACAGAGAGAAAGGUGUGUCACUAUAGUGUGAGAGGAAGAGGACAAAACGGUUCGACCUCCUCGUUACCUGUAAAGCAGAAGGGCGUGAGACGGAAAAGACCUGCUGUGUGUGUUCACCUGUGUGUGUGUGCGUGUGUUACCUGUAUACCUGUGUGUGUGUGUGUGUGUGUGUGUGUGUAUGAGUGUGUAUGUAUGUGUGUGUAUCUCUAUGGGACGGUGAACAAUGUCUCGCGCACAGUGUCACUCAUCGGCCACUGGAGGGAAAUGCAGAGCGGCACAGCUGCUGUUUCUUCUUCUCUGGUUCGGGAAAACUUUUGGAUCCAUUCAGAUCCCUAAAGAAUAUAACAUUUCUGACCUGAAAGAGCCUCCGCUGAUCAGACAACAGUCGCAGUCGUACACAGCCUUCUACGUAGACGACGUCUCUCUGCGAUGUGAAGCUAGCGGCAACCCCAAACCCACUUAUCGAUGGGAGAAGGAUGGUGAACUGUUCAUGGAGGAAAUGAACGGUUCGGGAAUUCUUACAGCUGACCAAAGUGAAGAGCUGAAAUUUUACCAGGGGAAAUAUCGAUGCUACGCGUCAAACGAGCUCGGCACUGCUGAAUCAGACUUGAUACACCUCAUCACUGAGCCCAUUCCAGUCUCAGUGAAAGAGAAGAAAGUGGUGAAGAUCGCUAACGAGGGUGACAGUGUGGUGCUACAAUGCAAUAUUCCAAAGAGCUCAGUGGAGGCUUACAUCCACUGGAUGGACAAGAAAUUGAUGCAUAUUAAGCAAAGUGACCGCAUCACCAUUGGCCUGAAUGGUAAUCUGUACUUCGCCAAUGUGCUGACCAGCAACACCAGAGACGAUUACACCUGCUACACCCAGUACGUCGAAGCCAGAACCAUUUUAUCCACAGAGCCAGUUUCUCUCAUUGUUAAUCCCUCCAACGAGGUAGUGAACAGACCACCCGGUUUCCACCAACCUGAGAAAGCACAGACCCAUUAUUUUGCCCUCCGAGGCCAGACUCUCAUCCUGGAGUGUAUUCCACAUGGCCUGCCGACUCCCAUAGUCCAAUGGGAAAGGAAAGACGCUCCGCUUUCCUCCAGUCAAGCAACUAAGGAGCGCUUCGACCGGUGGCUGGAGUUUGCUUCCAUCACGGAGAGUGAUGAUGGAGAGUACACCUGCACCGCCUCUAAUAUAAUGGGACAAAUAACACGCUCGUACACAGUCACCGUGGAGGCCGCUCCUUAUUGGACGAAGCAGCCUGAGAGUGCGCUGUACUCACCGGGAGAGAUGGUCAGACUGGACUGCCACGCUGAGGGCAUUCCUACACCACACAUAGCAUGGAAGAUUAAUGGAGUGCCCCUCUCAGAGACGGCUCCUGAGCCGAGGCGCAGUGUAAAAGGCGGGACUUUAAUCCUGACUGAUGUUCAGUUCGCUGACACGGCCGUCUAUCAGUGUGAGGCCUCCAAUAAACACGGCACCGCCCUCCUUAACACCUACAUCCACGUCGUCGAACUGCCCCCUCAGAUUCUGACUGAUGACAGUCGAGUGUAUAAGGUGACGGAGGGAUCCAUGGCGUCUCUCAGCUGCAGUACUUUCGGUUCUCCACGACCCCAAAUCAGCUGGGAGAGUGAGGAGUUCGGUCCGGUUCUGUCCAACCCGAGGAUGUCCCAGAUGGCCAAUGGCACGUUACACAUCACCAACGUGAGCCACGAGGACGCAGGAACGUACCUGUGUUCAGUCACACACACCAAUGUGUCCAUUACUGCACUGCUGGUGGUGCUGAACAAGACCCGGAUCGUGUCCCCUCUUCAUGACCACCGGAUAUUAAGUGGACGCUCGUUGGUUUGGCCGUGCAGGUACGAGGUGGACGCUCGACUCUCUAAGCCCUUAAUCCAGUGGAGGAAAGAUGGACAAAAAAUCACAACAUUACCUCCAGAUGACAAAUACACAGUUUUUGAAAAUGGAUCACUGAGGAUCUCUGACAUCCACGCUGAAGAUGCUGGACACUACACGUGUGAGAUCAUCACCAGAUUGGAUUUCGAUAUGACCACUGGAUCACUGACUGUGAUUGAUAAGCCUGAACCUCCUCAGUCACUGAAGCUGGAUGAGAAGGAGAGUCGCAGCGUCACUCUGUCCUGGAGCCCCGGAUACGACAACAACAGCCCUGUGCUCGAGUUUGUGAUUGAGAUGCGAGAAGAUCUGCACUUAGAAGCAGCGAGCUGGAAGGAGCUGAAGCGUGUUCCUGCUGAAAUCCAUCACCUGGAGAUUUCUCUGCUUCCCUUCUGCACGUACCACUUCAGAGUGGCGGCGGUUAAUGAGAUCGGCGCGAGUGGCUUCAGCGAUCCGUCUGACUCGUACACCACACCUGCUGCAGAGCCUGACAUGACCCCGGCGAACGUGAGGAGUGAAUCUACUAAUCCAGACAGCAUGAUCAUCACAUGGGAGGAGCUGGAGCCGAGGCACUUUAAUGGCCCAGGUUUCGGGUAUAAAGUGUUUUGGCGUGACGCAGCCGGCCUUGAGGAGCCCUGGCAGUCUGCGUUUGUUUCUCAUCCUCCAUUUAUAGUCAACAAAACAGGUACCUUCGUGCCCUUCGAGAUCAAAGUGCAGGCGGCGAACGGCGUCGGCGACGGACCGAGUCCAGAGGCUGCCAUUGGCUACUCCGGAGAAGACCUCCCCAUGAAGGCCCCGACUCAAAUAAUAGUGAAUCUGGUUAACGCUACAGCCGCGUCAGUCGUGUGGGAUCCAGUCAGUAGAGAGUCUGUGCGUGGACAUCUUCUUGGCUACAGGAUCUACCUGAGGAGGCUGGGUUCCAGAGGAGACCAUUCACACAGAGGGAAAGAGAAGCGAGCGCUAGCUACGGUGAGAGAGAUGGUGCGAGACAUGGAGCGAGCGAUGGAGAGUGAGGAGGAAAGACAAGUGAUCGUCGUUAAGGGAAAAGACGAGGCGAUCGUGAGUGGUCUGGACUUCUACUCCAAUUAUGAGCUGUCCAUCACAGCCUUCAACAGCAAAGGGGAGGGGCCUCUGUCUAGUCCCACCUACUUCAGCACAUCUGAGGGAGCUCCUGGCCGUCCAUCAAACUUCAGAUUUGAGAGUCCAUCGGAGACCGAGCUGAUGCUCCUCUGGAAAAAACCCCACAAAACUAAUGGGAUCCUGAGAGGAUACAUCAUAAUGUACCAAGAGCUUGUGGAGAAAGGUCUCAGCACGCUACAGACGGUGAAGAUUGAAGAUCCGAGAGCAACGCAGUACAAAGUCGACAAACUGGACUCGAAAAAUUACUACAUUUUCUCCCUGAAAGCUUUUACUGAUGCUGGAGAAGGAGAAACCAUCCAUGUUAAUGCCACCACCUUGCUCGAUGGAGUUCCACCAACUUCCAUAAACACAACAGUUGGAGAAACGACUGUGAAUCUGAGCUGGGUUCCAGGAGAACGAUACCGAAACAUCAGGUUUACCAUUCAUUACCAGGGGAGCAGCGGUCAAUGGGAGGAAUCGGAGCAGGUGAAUUUGACGCAGGCCUUUUAUCAGCUGCAGGGACUGAGAGCAGACACAAAAUACCAACUCAAAAUUCGCUACAACAACGAGACACACUGGACACACACCCUGCGGACUACAAGACCAGUGUUACCCGUGGUGCAGAACAGCUUUGCCACUCAGGGCUGGUUCAUCGGCCUCAUCAGCGCCGUGGUGCUGCUGCUGCUAAUCCUGCUCAUCCUCUGCUUUGUCAAAAAGAGCAAAGGAGGAAAAUAUUCAGUGAAGGAUAAAGAGGAAGGACAGAUGGACUCUGAUGCGAAACCCAUGAAGGAUGAAGGGUUUGGAGAGUACAGAUCCCUCGAGAGCAGCGACAAUGACGAGAAGCGUUCGUUCAGCCAGCGCUCGCUGUGUCCCGAUCUGAAACGCGAGAGUGACGACAGUCUGGUGGAAUACGGAGACAGCGUGGACAUCCAGUUCAACGAGGACGGCUCGUUCAUCGGGCAGUACAGCGGCCGCAGAGACACGCAACCAUUCACACACGGAGAGCAUGAGAGCUCAGGGGUCCCGUCCCCAACCAACCCCAACAUGCACCCUCCACCCAGCGGCAGCUUCCCCACCUCCGUCACCGGCGUCUUCGGGGGGAACUGAGACACGACCGGACGACUCUGCUGUAUCACGAGAGAGACUGAGAUGGAGAGAUCAACCUGACCUAGUACUGGCAUUCAUUCAUAAGUAAACAAAGCUCAUUUAUUCCCUGACUAGCAACUUUAAUUUAAAAAAGACACAAGGGGACGGAAAAAUAUUCCAUCACUGCCGAUGACAUUAACAGUUUUUAAAGCACACACACGCUCAUACAACUAAAUACACACAUACACACACACACACAAAUUAGUCUAAAGGCCUGGAUAGACUUUUCGUCUCACAUCCAACAGUGACAUCACUGUGGGUUACCUGAGAUUUUUCACACUCUAGAACACCCUCUCAUCUAACGACACAAAAUGGCCGCCCCAAACAUUCAACUCACAAAUCGCAUCUUCAGCGUAUUGGCCAUCAAACCGCAGUGACUUCUAAUGGCUCCGCCCCCUUUAAGCUACGUAGCACAGGUCACGUACCUCCGAGAACAAAACUUCCACACUUCAUUUCUCACUGGUUCGUAAUAGUGUGUUACGUCUCACCAUGGACAUCAGAUACACACUAAAUUCUUGAUUUAUGAAAGAUUAGCAUGUAAACUUGAUAAAACCGGAAAUUAAAAGAUUUAGCUGUUGUAUGGGGGAGGAUCGCGUCUUUGAUAUGAGCAAGAUCGGUUUUUUCAUGUUUGCCUUAAUGAAUAUGCAAUUUGGUGUGUUUCUACCCUGUGUGUUCCAACACACACACACACACACACACACACGUGUACAUACCUUUACAAUACACACGUACAAUACAUACCUUUUACACCAGUAUUCAACAGUUUUGAAACAGUCUAAUGCCUCUAAUAGUUGUUAUACUUGAGGCUUAGUUUAAAUAUUACGACUCCGAACAUCCGAAUUCAUUGCGGCUAUUUUACCCGAUUGCACGCACAAAUUUUAAAUUUUAAAUUUCGUUAUUUGCGGUAUUAGUAAAUCAAGGCCUAAAAGUACACAAAAUACAUGAUUUGGGACAAACUGGAGAGAAAUAAGUCAUUACCUCAGGAAAACUGGAACCA